CUCCGGGCGGUGGCCAUGGAAUCUUUCCCUGUCAUGAGGUUGAUGAGGAUGUUGAAGGAAGUGAAUGUUUGGUUUCAUCAAAAGUAGACAUAUUCAAGUUUAGCCCACUGUGAGAGAUAAAUGUACUUCAUGUGAAUAUAGAAAAAUGACAAACUACGUACCGGAUCCAAAACCGUGCACUGUGAGCGGGUGUGCAACAGAACGUAUUCUUUACCAAGUUACAGACCUUCCCAGCUGCUUGUGUGAGUUCAUCUUCAGGCUGAAUGUACAUAAGAAGAAAUCCGACACCGAGAGAAGGGGGUGUGUUGUCUUUCUUACAAGUGGAUCGCUUCAAAUUUAGCCGAGUUUAAGAAACUCUCUUCCGGUCUAUUCUGGUAGCGAGACACUGCACUUGAUUCUGAGAUGUGUUGGUGUGAUGUGACAACUUGACUCUGUGCUGAAUGUAAAAUUCCAAGCAUAAUUACUACUGUGGGAACCAAGGAAGUGACGUCAGUCGUUCAUUUCCAGGCAGCUGACCACACGACAGGAGCACCUGUCUGCUCGCUCACUCGCCAUCAAACCCGCGGCGCGCCAGGCAACAUGCGCUGACCAGCAAUGCAGCCUCCGGGGACUCCAGUCCGAUCCCGCCAACAACUCUCCUUGGACGACUUCGACUACGGAUACUUCGACUAUGAUCGGCCACGGCGCCAGAGACAAGAUGAAACUAGCACCGGACGUGCGACGCCGAACGCCUUCACAGUUCUGCCGCCACUACCGCCGCCAACACCGAGUCCACCACCGGCGCCCACACCCUACAAGUUCACCUCGCCCACGCGUCGUCAGAAAAAAGCAUCGUUUGUAAUUCUCAAUGAUCAGGAGCCUCAGUUGCCCGGAUCCGCGAGGUCUAUCCGCGUUCCAUUGCCCGGCGAAAGCAAGAAUCUCCUUCCUCAAGGGAAGUCCCGGAUACCGCGGUCACAACCAGUGUCACGUGACCCCUCUCCUUCCAGCAAGCGUCUUAUAACACAGAAGCGACGUGCGUCCGUGUCACAUGUCAAGAGUAACUUGCCGCCAAAAAGCAAACCAGCCUCCCCCAAGACUGUAAGGAAGACAAGCGUGAAAAGGCAGCGGGAUGACUCGAUAACGAAACAUCCAGCGGCGGGGGAGAAAGAUGCGCAUCCAUCACCCUCGCGCAUCCCCCGGCCGCCUGCAGCGAGGGGGCGCAAAUCGCCUGCGCCUUCCCGCGAACCAUCGCCGGCUAGAAAGAACAGCAAAGUAGCUCCCCAGAAGAAAAGCCCGUCCCCGACUGUUAACAAGCAACAACCCAUCUUACGCAAGAACAGCAACUUGAAGCCGUUGGCAGGGAAGCCACCGCUUCCACCAGGCAGCAAAGGAAAGCCAACAGGGGCUGAAGUGAGGAAACUCAGCUCGAAACCCGCGGCAAAUAAGAGUAAAACCGACGCGUCAUCCUCUUCAGGGCCGGCCAAGACAGAAUCCACAUCUGCCACAGAGAACAUGAUGACAGCCACAGAUUCUUCUUCGAAACCAGAUUCCGAAGUCCCGAAUAACAAUGCCAAGUCUGAAGUGGAGCCCUCCAAGGGCUCUGCAGAUUCAGAAACGUCCCUGGAAAAACGUGUCGGCGUAAAUCUGACUAUGGCUUCAGCUCCAGCCGCGUCCGUCGCCCCGGCCGUGACCAGUCCGGGCGAACAAGCCACUACAAGCACCACAACCGCCACUCCCGAUACUUCCAGCACGCUUGUGUCCAGCACUACAGCCCCAUCACUCGAGCUGGCCAAACCCUCGAGCGAACCAGAGACUGCGGCGCCAACAAAGUCUUCCAGUGCAGGUAGCAGCACGUCGGCAGCGUCUGACAAACCCUCUGCAGCUGUCGCGGUGUCCAUGGAGUCCGUGAGGUCCGCGGACUCGGUGGCCACCGUGAGGGCAGCGAGUUCUCCGCAUCCCAAGAAGAAAGCCACCGCGGACGAUGUGGCGAUCAGUGAGGCUGUCAUUAAGGGUGACCCCGACCUGGAGUCGCUCAGCCCCAACACACAGCAGCUCCAGCCGCAAGACUCCGUUCCAGGGUUGUUGGUCGCAGAGACAACUUCGGCCAGCGUCGAGGCGCCGCUGCCGGCGACGCCUCAGUCUGCUAGAGCCGGCAUAAUCUCCCGGCUGUGUCCCUGCUGUCACAAGUUCUCCACCUGCCUCAAGAAAAUGGAUUGCCGCAAGUGUUUCCCCAGCAAGUCAAUUGCUGGUUCCAAAGUCGGGAUUCUCGAUGGUUCCAAGGCAGGAAUGAUCGGGGGGUCAAAGGUCUCCGUGGAAGAAGGAUCGAGGUCAGGGCCUCUGCUCCCACCAGCAGGGAAAUUCGCAUGGCUGAGGAAGCUCAUCUGCUCCUGCAGCAGGAAAGGCGGCAAAUGCUGCAGUUGCUGCAAGAAGGCGGAUUCAGAGACCGCCGAUGGCGGGCGCAGAAGGAGCAAUGCCACAAGCCGGAUGUCCAAGAAGCAGAGUCGGUCCUCCAGCACCGCCGUUGAGGUGGACACGAGACCGAAGCUGGAUUCCUCGCUGGUGGAGAGUGGGUCCAUGAUGAGGGGUGCUAUUCCUGUAUUCCCUAUUCCUCUCGCAUGGAUCUGUCUCUUCUUCAACAUUUUUGUUCCUGGUCUCGGAACUCUGUCAAGUGGGUUCUUUUGUUUGUGUUUUGGAAAGCCACGCUUUGGUCCCCACGAUGAUCUCCAGGGGCGCAUGGGUUCCUUAGUGGUGAAUCUGAUGGUAGGGGCUGCACAAUUAUUCACGGUCAUCUUCUGUCUUGUUGGCUGGGGCUGGAGCAUAUGGUGGGGCCUCAUCAUGCUCAGAAUUGCAAAGAAAUACCGGAAGCUGAAACUGGCAGAAGCGGCAAAUCCCGAGGGCCACCUUGCUGCACCGGUCACUCAGAACCAUGAUGUCGAACGAGGCCGUCAGGUCCUGUAGAUGGCAUCAUCUAAAUCCUACUUAUUUUUGUACUUAUUGUUACAUAUAUAUACAUAAAAUUGCACACGCACAAUAAAGAUUUUUGGAAAAUAUUUUUUAAUUAUUUGUACCUAUUUCUAAACCUAGACAAAUAAUUCAGUCCAUACUCUGCUGAUGAUGCAUCAGUUGUUAGCACGUAUAUUGCGAAACCUAACACCACAGGUUCCACAAGAAGCUUGUUUCUAAAAAUUUUGCUUAACACACAUGCAAAAAUUACCGCUGUACCUUCGAUAAGAAGCAGGCAGUGUCAAGGCUCGAAUAUCUUGCAUGUUCGGUCAAUUACUUUGGCUGGUGGCCCAUGUCACCGCCUUAGGCCACACAUCUCCAUCGAUCUAAAACUGUAAAUAUUCUAUUUAUAUCUUCCAUCUGGACAUAGAGGAAGUUUGGGGUGCAUAUUUAAGGCUAUUUAGAGAUUUAAACUUGACAUACAUUGCAGUGGAACUUGGGGUUCUCACACCGGUGACUACAGGGUACAAUCUUCUGCCUCCAUAUCAUGGGUUGAAAAAUUCGCCAAGAAAUAAAACCAGAAAUAAGGACGUAUGCAACAAGAGGCACUGAGAUCCUCCAAAACUUUGGUCAGCUCCUACAGAGAACUACACAGCAUUACGUGCCAGAUGGUAACCAUGUUCUCUUCCCUCUAAACAUCAUUUACCACAUAUUGUGGUAUAUACACCAGCAAAGGUAUGCUGGAAUCUUUCUGAGUACAGACAAACUAGAUGAUUUCAUUACAGGUGGCAUACUAAUUAAGAGCUGAGGAAGGUCAAUAUUUUACCAUUACAUAGCAUGCAUAGCCUCCAUUCUAUUACAGUUUAACCCUAAAAUGAUUCUUAAUCUUAACCUACAAUACCUAUGUACGUUUCAUUUUUGAAGAGGUCAUCAUCAGUAAUCUGUCAGACGACAGGUCCACAGUCUCUUCCAAUACAAUUCCUCCACUUAA